UUCCAGGUAUACGUUUUCCUUAUUGGACAAACGUUCUCCUUGAAUUUGGCCCCUUCGCUACACCAUGUCAACUUCGGGAAGCGGUGGUGGUAACACCCCCGAUCUUUCGAAGGAAAACGUGGCAAGUAGCCCCAAUGCCAACCCCAAGAAGAAUGCUGACACCGAGUCAUCUGGUGGAAGCAAGAACAAUCGCCAAAGAAGACGCUCAAACACGAAAGGUGAUGGUUCAAACUCCAGAAAUGGCAGUAGAACAAAUAGUGUGAGCAACUCGAAGAAUCAAUCCAAUCGUAAGGACUGGACAGACAGAAAAAGCUUCAGUCAAGGUGGUAUCAACGUCAAGUCCAAAUCGCCUGGCGAUGAUCACAAAAGAACAAGAAGCUCCAAUUCUCAAUCUGCCAAGAGGAAUGCGCGCGACUCCACAAGAACUAUGUCACAAGCCAGCAAUGGAGAAGGACUCGAUUAUAGUGACGAAUACGAGCUUGAUGAGCCAUUCUCGGAUUCUGAUGAUGAGGAUUCACGACCAAAGAAGCCAGAAAAGAUGAGCUUGACUGUUGCUCGCGGACGCAUUCGCACUCUGUCUGGAACUGUUCCAGUUGUUGGAUAUUCUCCACGCUGGGGAGGUCCGACUAUGUGUGUAAGCUGUUUGGAAUUCUUCGACCUGCCUGAGCAAAUUUCUGGGUUUGCUGAUCAUCUUCUCAAGGAGCACAAAAUAGUUGUCUCUGAGAUGAAUUUGAUUGUUGACCCGAAACGUUACAUCGAACAUUGGCGUCAACGCUUCGCAAAAGAGAGCAUUGAUAAGAUCUUCCCAAGAAUUGAGCCAAGCGAAGGCGAUUCCUACUUCGGAGAGACCGACUACUACUAUCUGAUGUCGGAAAAUGUUGCUGAAGAUCGUUCACUCCGACAACGACUUGCUAUGCGCCGACUUGAAGAAGCAUUGCAAUGUCAACAACGUGAGCGUGAAGAUACUUCCUUCCAGCUCCAAUGUAUCUUCUGUCGCUACAAUGCUCGUGGAAAUCGCUCGAAAAUCAUCCAUCAUUUAUAUAUGAUUCACCAUCUCAACCUUGGAUCUCCUGACAACUUGGUAUUCGUUACCGAGUAUAUCGAGCAUUUGAAGGAGAAGCUUCACCGCAAUGAAUGUAUCUACUGCGAAAAAAUCUUCCCAGAUCGUAACACUCUCAUGGAUCAUAUGCGUAAGAGAAACCAUCGCGAGGUCAAUCCAAAGAAUCAUUACUACGACAAGUUUUACAUCAUCAACUACCUUGAACUCGGCAAACGAUGGCUCGACGUGCUCGCCGAGGACUUCGAAGAUACCAUGCCCACGUUCCAAGAUUCUGACGAAGAAGAGGAAGACAAUGAGUGGUGUGAAUGGCAGGAAGACAAUCUCGAUGCCGAUGAAACUCGCGUUGUCUGCCUUCUCUGUGAUGCUAGCGAAGACAACGCUCAAUCGCUCCUCGAACACAUGAAGACUACUCACGAAUUUGAUCUUUUGAAGAAUGUUAGCGAUGACAAGUUGAACAGUUACCAACGUCUUCGCUUGAUCAAUUACAUUCGUAAGCAGAACUAUCAUGCAGAUUGCUGGGUUUGUCAGAAGACUGAGUUCGAAAACCCUCUCGCUCUUCAAAAGCAUAUUCUCGAACAUAAGCCAUUGAGUCACCUUCCGGAUGCUUCAAUUUGGGAUACCGAGGAAAAUCUAGUUCCGAUCUUCGGAAAUGAUCACUUCCUGUGGAUGCUUGAAUCGAUCCUUGAAGAAAACGAAAUCACUUGCAGCAGCGACGAUGAAGGAGAGAGUGAGGAGCGUUUCUCUAAACUCGUCCUUGAGAGCAAAAGUAAUACUGUUGAAGGAGUUAUCGCCGAAGACCUUCCAGAGCUAUCUGAACUCAACGAGGAUGACCUCAACGCUCUCAUGUAAUUUGACAUAACUACCUCAUCUCAGCUCGCACGAACAAUUUCAAUUACCUAUUCGUUAUACAUAGUACAUUCGGAUAUCAAUCAAUAGUUCCCUAGUUUUGUUUGAUUAUCCUUCGUGUUUUGACAAUCUUUAUUAUAAUCUUUCUCUUUUCGGCUGUAAUUUUCAAAUGAUUCCAGUAGUGGUCCUUUGACUGCUUCAUCUUUUCUAUUAAUCAACCUAUCAAUCAUUAGAUUGUUGUUGUUUUCCGUUUUCCUCGCCAUGUUUCCUAGUGUAUGCUGGGAAAUAUUGCACGUUGUUUUUUGUACUCUUGUUUCAAAGUAAGUUUCCCCUUCCAACUUUCUCUCAUCUCCUUUCAUGCUUUUUUUAAUGAGAAUCUGGAACAGUUGGAUCAAGUACAUUCACUACGCCCCCUUCCCAACUUUAACAUAUCCCCUUUAAAUGACCCCUUUUCACGAUGAUCCACUGUUCCCAUGUAUGUUUCUGACAGCCCGGUACAAAUCGGUCAGUUUAGUUCGUACGUU